GGUUUUCACAACCACUUGUCAGCAAAGCAAUGGACCUAUUUUUUUUUCCCCUUUUUUCCUUUUUCUUUUCUUUCUUUUGUUUUAUCACCAAUUCAUCUUUUUGUGGGUUCUUCAAAUCUUUAACGAUCCUCUGAUGAGAUGGCUAGGACUCAGAAGAACAAAGCAACCGCUCAUCAUCUGGGUUUGUUAAAGGCCAAACUUGCCAAGCUAAGAAGAGACCUUCUUGCACCGCCUACAAAAGGUGGUGAUGCUGCUGCUGGCGAAGGUUUUGAUGUCACCAAAAGUGGAGAUUCUAGAGUUGGACUUGUUGGGUUUCCUUCCCUUGGAAAAUCCACGCUCUUGAACAAGCUUACUGGAACCUUUUCCGAGGUACUCGCUAUUUUUUUUCUUCGGGUUGCUUCUUAUGAGUUCACGACUUUGACAUGCAUUCCCGGUGUUAUUACAUACCUACUUCCAUAUCUCCUUGGUCAAUCUGUUGUUUGUGGAGAGAGAUGUAUGAUUUGAUUGCUUCUUAUUGUUCUUAAGUUAUCUCCUAAGAAAUGAAAUACUUGGCUUUAUAUAUGACAUGUCCUAGCCUUUAAUUUUAUUCUCUUAAGUGCUCACUCUAUGUCUGUCAUGUACUCCGGUGUUUCCUGAUCUUGCUAUAAUUUGUAAUUGUUCAUUGGAUGUU